AUGCGUGGUUUCUAUAGAAGUACCUACAAAGACGAACACAAUCAGGAGAAAUUUCUAGCAUCAACUCAAUUUGAGUCCACUUACGCUCGUUACGCAUUUCCAUGUUUCGAUGAACCCAUAUACAAAGCAACAUUUGAUAUUUCUAUAGUUACUGAUCCUGGAAUGACCGCCAUUUCUAACAUGCCUGUGGUUUCGGCCACUCCAUGUGAUUUCCAUGGAGCAAAGAAGGUUUGGGUGAAAUUUGAUCGUACUCCUCAAAUGUCUUCGUACCUAGUAGCGUUUGUUGUUGGAGAGCUCGAUUUAUAUCCAGGUAAAGAUGAAAAAACUUCUUCAAAAAGCGGCACUAUCAUGAGAGUGUACACUGUUCCCGGAAAGAGAAGUCAAGGCACAUACUCUUUGGACUUGGCAGCCAAGUUGUUGCCAAGCUCCAAUCAAAGACAUCUCUAG